AUGACGACCGACGGCGCCAGCGACGUUCCCAAACAAGCAAAGGCUCGCCACUCGCCCACUCGCCAGUUACCCAUCUUUGCAGAUCUGCAACUUGCAGCCGAACUUGGCAAGACGCUCCUGGAGAGAAACCGGGAACUGGAAUCGAAUAUUAAGCAACAAAAUGCCGUCAUUGAGGAUCAGCUGCAGGAGAUUGAGUACCUGAGCAAGCAGACGGCGGCGCUGCGGGAAGUCAACGACUCCCGACUCAGGAUCUACGAGCAGCUGGAAAUCUCGAUCCAGGAACUCGAGAAGAACAACCAGAGGCUCUCGGCGGAAAGCGCGGCCGACAAGAAGAAGAUCAAGAACCUCUGCAGCACCCUCGAGUCCCUUGAGGCCCGUUGCGAUGAGCUGCAGAAGAGCCUGGAGGAGGCGCGGUCGGGGGCGCAGCAGCAGCAGCGAGGGAGGAACAAACGCAGGUCCAUCAUCCUCGACGAACAGAACUUGCGCCGUUCUCACUCGUGCGAGAAUACGCCACAGAACUCGGAGGAACGAACGGCCGAGGAGCUGGAAGCGAAGGCGAAGAUCGAGGAGCUUCAGGACAAGAUGAAGCUCCUGCAGAAGGAGAAGGAGGGGGAGAUCCGCAAGAAGGAGGAGCUGGAAAUACAGCUGGCAUGCAUGUCACAGGAAAAUGCCGUCCUCAACGACCAGCUGAUGAUCCUGCGGGAGAAGGAGGUGAACCUGCGCUCCUUCGACGAGGAGUUGGCCUCCCUGGACGACGCCUCCUCGGGGAGGCUCUGCCGCAAGUGUCUGGGAAACGUGGACGAGACGGCGAGCAACCCGACCAUCUACGACCUCCAAGACAGCAUCGAAGACACCGACGUUUCCAUCGAGAGCAUCCACGGCGAAUGCGCUCUCGUCCGACUCAAGAACGGAGGCUACGCGUGGGGCAGCCAGGAGUCGCUGGCAUCAAUUGGUCAGGUGAUGAGCCACAUGGGGUCUGAGGGCACCUCGCCGGGCACCGAGGCCAGCGACGCCCCGCACAACUCUCUCCUGUCGGAGCUGGACACCUCGUACCGCAUCCUCAUCGAGAAGUACGAGGCUCUUCUGGAGGCGCGGGAACAGCAGCAACAGCAACAGCAACAACAGCAGCAGCAGCAGCAGCAGAUGGCCCAGAACAGCGUGAGCCAAGACGAGGGCUUGGUGCACCCCGGCGUCGACGACAUGUCCGGCCCCAUGAGCCUGGUGAUGACGGACUCCCUGCACGACACCAGCGGCCUCACCCUCAAGUGCCAGCGGUGCCACACCUGCACGUGCGACAUGAAGCCCAGCGUGGCGCGGCCCAAAAGCAACAUGGAGGAGUUUUCGGAGGUGGAGACCUCGUCGUCGGGCUUCUCCGACGGGGAGAGUCGCCUGAGCACCAAGGCGACGCAGACCGGCGAGGAGGUGCUCACCCACAAGGAGAUCCUGGAGGACUUGACGCCCACGAUUGCCAGCAGAUGCUUAGACUUGAGCUCACCCGUGAAUCCUUGUGACAAGCGGUUCCAGACGGCUCCUGAGUACAAGAAACUCUUCCAGGAGAUCUUCACCGUGCUGAAGCAGACCGUGGAUGAGAAGGACGCCAAGAGCCAGCCCGGGAAACCAGCGAAGGCGCAGCAGCUCGUAGAAGCGGACAAGAAUGCACACAACAGCAAGACCUCGGGCGUGAAAUCUGAAGACAACGAGUCCAUCACGGAAACCAGCACGACCAUUGAGGUGACUGAGGUUACGGAAGUCAAAACAGUCAAAACCAUUGUCAAUUCAGAGAUACAAAACGUCGCCAACGAAAGGAAGGCCGAAGUCGCGAGGGAGACGCCAUCCGCCGACCACGAGGAAAAGCAGAAGCCCAGCAAAGAGGCGGCGAGGGGGAGGGACGAGAGGAGGCCAGAGAUCCUGGACGACCAGCACGUGCCCGAGGAGCAGCGCGUCACCCACAAGCCUCCUCGGCCCGACUCCCUCGACCUGGGGGGCGGGUCCCGGCCGACCAGCAGACAGAAGCGCCGCAGCCGCUACCGCAACCGCCUCGACUCGUACCAGCAGCACCAGCAGUACAUGGGCCAGUACCAGUACUCGCACGGAAGCUCGGGCAACGAAUCUCACCAGUCAGGCCACCGCCACCACAAGCGGGAGCGCGACCACAGCCAGAACCACCACCACAGGAACCAAGACGACUUCCCGACGCUUCGCACGGACAACGAGAACGAGCACAGCAAGACGCGCAUCAUCUACAACUCGUCCCGCAGCCGCUGCGAGCACCACCGGCCCAGGAAGCACCGCGGCCGCAGCAGCAACCGACAGCGCCACGGCCAGCACCACCUGAGCGCCGGCCAGGACCAGCAGCCGGGCUCCAACCAGGCGAACAGCGAAUCCGAGCCCAGAGGAAGGGCGGCGCCUCCCAAGAUCAACUACCCGUCCGUCGAGGUCGCCAAACUUCGGAAGUUGGAAAUGUCUUACGCCGAAGUCCUCAAGACUUCCUUCAACAGAUCCCACUACAACCACCGGCGGUACUGAGGACGUAGCCUGGGUCUCGCCGAGGAUUUUGUGUGAAUAGUUUGUUGUAUAUCUGAAUUACUCGUUUGUAAUCAAAUAUUCUUUUAUCGUAUGUAGUAUAUGCAGACAGAGGAGUAAGUGUGGCAUAUUAUUUGCCCAGUUUUAUUUACGUUCCUUUGUCAGAAUUGAUUCAUAUUAUUUUUGUAAAUAUAAAAAAGUGUAUAUACAUGGGUACACUGAAGUCAAUGUAUUAUAUUUGUUUGGGUUUGUAUUUAUUUGUUUUAUUAGUGUGCCAAGUAGAGUUUAGUAGCUUCUAGUGUAUUUUUUGUAUUUCUGUUCAUACCUGCGUUCAAGAUGCCACACUCUGUUCCUCCCAGUGAAGGUCUGUUCGUCGGAAUUCCAGUUUGGUCUUGCUGGUUGUGCGGUUCUUGCUGUUCUCGUCUUGGUUGAUGUGAAAAAGUGAUCGAUAAAAUGACGUAAAAGAAGUGAUAAAUUUUGCCUCCUUUAAUCAUCCUAAAUCCUGUGCCAAAUAGAUGGCGACGUUUUUUUUUGUUUUUUUUUAUUGCCCGGUAGGAUUUUACAUCAAAUAAUGGAACUCUGAAAAGGAGAUUUAAUACAAUAAGUUAGGAUAAUAUCUAAAAGGGAACAGUUGAUAGAUUGAUAAUGUGAUCCAUUGUUGUUAAGAGCUGUGUUGAAGUUGCGUUGUUGAUAGAUGAUCCUCUCAUCUGACCAAGAAAGUAGGAAUUCUUUACGUAUUUUGUGAAAUUCAUGAUCAGUGAUUGGCUGUAAUGUCCCUUCCCAAAUAAUUCGUUUCUAGUCGUCAGAGAUCCACCAUCUAUGUGUUAAGGAUUUUUUUUUUUUAGGUCACACACUUGCCCCCUUUUUUUAAUAUGGAUUGAAAAAGUCCAGAACUGAAAAGAGAAGAAAAAAUGUUCACUCGUGACAAGUGCAAUAUUUUAAAACAUUCCAGUCGAGUUAUUUUUUCCCCUGAUUUUUUUUUUUUUUUUUUUUUUUUUUUUUUUUUUUUUUUUUUUGGUAAUCGUUUCAGAAGUGGAGAGAGAAAGAAAAUCACCCCCCUCUCCUCCCACAUCUCCCUCCCUUUUGUGUAGAAGUUUGUGAUAGAAGCAGUACUACCCUUUGUAGUCCUAAUCACAUUUUAUUUCCUGGAAAGAAAAACAAAAAAUUAAGAUUGCAAAAGAAAAUACGCGAUUGGCGCAGUCAUCGGAAAGCUGUUUAUGCCAUUACCCGUUUAAUGGUGUUUGAAGAUCUAGAAGCUUCGCCAAUCUUUCUUUUGUGAUAAGUAGCAUCUGUGGAGAUCACAUUCGUCACAGAUUAUCAUAGAGGUCAGUGAAGUGUCCCGUAGAAUUCAUAGGUUAAAAAUAUGUUAAAACACGAUACUGUAUAUGAUGAAAGAUGAACAUAUCGUUUGAUUGCAUUUGUAAAGGAAUACUUCUUCUUUCUUUAGGAAAAAAUGCCUUUUAUGAUCGAAUAAUUUAAGAAAACAAAAGACUCGUUAAACAGUUACAAAAGAUCGCAAAAUCGGACCUCUAGAAGAAAGGAAAAGAAGAAAAAGGAAGAAGAAAAAAAAUGAGUUUUUGAUUUAGCAAAAGCUUAACAAAAAAGAGUUUGUAGUUAUGCAUUUCAGUCUUUGUUUCAUACCCGCUUCUAGGGAGGCUAAAUAAAGCUCCAUAAACCGUCUUAUAGAGCUUUAUAUACCACUUCAGCUCUUCCCUUGUAUCAUACGUCAUUAUAAACACCUUAGCUAUGCUCUUUUAGCCUCACCUUGGGUUAUCGUUGCAGGUAGCUUGUUAUUAAGCUUAUUUGCUGGACAAGGAGAACAUAUAUUAAAAAAUUGUGACUAUG